UCAUCUCUUCGUCUCUUCAUCUCUCCAUCUCUUCAUUUGCCAUCCUGCCGUCUUGAUCUCAUCGCGCGAUGACAACCAACCCCUCACCCCUCGCCACCAUCCCCUUCGACGUCUUCGAAGCCCUCUCCCUCGUCACUCCCGACGACGACCUCCUCGCCCUCUCCCUCACAUGUCGCGCGCUGUGGGCCCAAGCUAUGUCUGGCGUCGUCGACUUGCAAAGAACCCACACUGCCCACCACAUCUCCUGGCGUCCUCGCCGCCCUUGUCAUCUGCGCCCUCCCCCACCCGUUCUCCAGUUGCUCACUCUUCCUUAUCCACCACCUUGCCCCACGGACUAACGCCCUCACGCCUCUACUUCGGCCUCAAGCAUCCGCGCGUGUUUAGCUGGGGCACGCACGCGAAACACCUCCUGGAGCAGGACCACGCGGCCGAGUCGCUCUUCAGCCAGAGCGUGGACGUCGUCUGCCCCGUCGAUGUGACGACGAGAUUCGUGAGCCACCCCCCGCUGAUCGCGCUCGCGGAUGUGGAUACCCGUCUUGUAGCGACGGACGCGGCGGGCGGCCUGUGGGAGUGGGAUCGGGCGCGCGGCAUGCCCGGGCGCCCGACGAGGGUUUGGCUGACGACGCCCGUGGCGGAAGUCGCGAGCGGCAAGGGCGCGUAUCUCGUGCGCGAUGUAGACGGUGGCGUGUGGGCCUUUGAAAGGCAAAAUGUGGGGCGACGUCGCAUCGCCGUCCCGCCAGCGACGCAGAUCGCAUUCGGCGACGGCGUGUAUGCCGCAAUGGCCGCGCUUUGCGGCAGCGAUAUCUGGGUGUGGCACGAGAACCGCGUGCCCAUUGGUGUGUUGGACCAGGAGCGCGACGACCGGAUCCCGUCGCGUAUGCGGCGGCCUCCGCCGCGCUCAGCGUGGCUCGGCUGGUCGCGGGACGGAACGGUCCCGCGCACGAACCGCGCCCUGUUCGAAGAGCAGUGGGCGGAGCGCGGGGGCGAGCCGUCCACGUCUCCGGCGUCCAAGCGUCUCGCCAGCGCCUCCAGCUCUACCUCGGAAGACUCUAACUCCAACUGCUCAGAGCAGGGCGAGCGCGUAGUCCGCAUCGCGUGCGGCUGGUCCGACGUGCUAGCUCUCAAAGCGAACGGCGAAGUGUGGCUCUGCGACUCGCUGAGCACCUCGUGGGUCUUUCUACCCCAUUUCUCGCGUCCCGACAACUACGACAUCGCCAUGAGCUUUUCGAGGCUCGCCGUCUUUGCUGCGUCAGACCCCUGGCCGCUCUUCGGCACAGACUUCGGGGGUCGAGGCACCAAUCCGCACCCGCCGCUCGCGUUGUGGCAAGGCGCGCCGCCCCCUGCGCGUGUCGUGCGUAUCCACGUGGCCGGCGACCACUGCGUCGCGCUUGGCAAGGACGGGAAAGUGUACUCGUGGGGCGAACACCUCCUCGCCCGCCCGAUGGGGUUCUCGGAAGGAUGUGCAGAGCGCGUGUGGUUCAGUGAGCCAGAGAAGGAAGAGCCGUUCGUCAUCGAUGUUUGUGGGAGCGCGGCGCUCGCACUCGGCGACGGGUGUCCCCGACGCCGGAGGCGGAAGGGGAGGGAGACGCAGGCGAAAGAGGCGGUUUCGGCGCCGCCGCGGCGCGGGCUGCGAGCGCGGCUCCUGCAGAUGCUGUGGUAGCAAGAGAUUGUGGUUGACUUGACGGGCACGUGUGCCACUAUUAGCGCGGUGCUGCCUGCAGCGCAGGAAACCCCGGUGUCGCGGCCAUCAGAGUCUGACCAUUGACAGUUGGACGCCCAUUGGCGAUGCCAAAGCCGUGUUGCGACGCUCUGAGAGGCGACGAUACUUC